AAAACAACGUGACAGUCACAUCGCUGUAAACAAAAGUUUUAUGUCUUGCUUGCUUGCUGGAGGGGAAAAUGCUGCUUCAUUUUAGUUUUACUUUUAUAGGCCUGCUUUACUUUACACUAACAGUAGCCGAAAAUGUGGCGAGUCCAAUUCAGACCUUUGUCAUUCCACACAGUCAUAUGGAUGUCGGUUGGGUGUACACUGUUCAGGAGAGUAUGCAUGCUUACGCGGCAAAUGUCUAUACUACCAUGGUAGAGGAGCUGUCACGCGUGAAGCAUCGAAAGUUCAUAGCUGUGGAGCAGGAGUUCUUCCGCAUUUGGUGGGACACAGUGGCCAGUGAAAAACAUAAGCAGCAAGUUAGACAGCUUUUACAAGAUGGUCGUCUGGAGUUCAUUAUUGGCGGUCAGGUGAUGCAUGAUGAGGCUGUCACGGACCUAGAUGAUGCCAUCCUUCAGCUGACAGAGGGCCAUGGCUUCCUGUAUGAGACCUUUGGAGUUCGGCCACGCUUCUCGUGGCAUGUUGAUCCAUUUGGAGCCUCUGCCACCACGCCGGUCCUUUUCGCCCUAGCAGGAUUCCACGCUCACCUCAUAUCACGCAUUGACUAUGACCUCAAAAAUGACAUGCAGAAGAAUAAGAGGCUGCAGUUUGUGUGGAGAGGCUCCCCUUCCUUAGGUGAGAAGCAAGAGAUCUUCACCCACACCAUGGACCAGUUCAGCUACUGCACCCCAUCACAUCUACCCUUUUCCAACAUGUCAGGAUUUUACUGGAAUGGCGUGGCGUUGUUCCCUGAUCCCCCUAAAGAUGGUGUCUACCCCAACAUGAGCUUGCCCGUCUCACCCAGCACGUUGGAACCUUAUGCCCAGACCAUGGUGGACAACAUCAAACAGAGAGCCCAGUGGUUCAGGACCAACCAUGUGCUUUGGCCUUGGGGCUGUGAUAAGCAGUUCUACAAUUCAUCGGUUCAAUUCUCCAACAUGGAUGUUUUGAUGGAUUACAUUAACCAGCACAGCGAUAAGUUUGGAGUAACAGUUCAGUAUGCCACCCUAAGCGAGUACUUCCAAGCUGUCCACCAGUCCAACCUCACCUGGGAAGUGAGAGGAAAUCAGGAUUUCCUACCGUACUCUACUGAACCUUACCAGGCAUGGUCAGGUUUCUAUGCCUCCAGGAACCUUCUGAAGGGCCUGGCAAGGAAAGCCAGCUCCCAGCUUCACGCUGCAGAAACUCUCUUUGUUCGGUAUCGCAUCACUUACCCAGAUGGACCAGUGGCAACUGACUGGGCCCUAAAAAAGCUAAGGGCCCUCAGAUGGGCUGUCUCGGAGGUUCAGCACCAUGAUGGCAUCACAGGGACAGAAUCACCAAAGGUUGCUGACAUGUAUAUGGAGCAUCUCACCCAAGGCAUGAUGGGAGUUGAGGAACUACUAGCAGCAAUUUUUAUUUUACCUCAGUCCAUUGGUACUUCUCAGGACCUGCAUAAACUCCAGCCAGAUCUCUCAAAUGACUUGGAGCAGCACAUCAUCGUGUACAAUCCUCUGGCCUGGAACGUCACCACUUACAUCAACCUCACAGUAACAUUCCCCAUGGCACUGGUUUUCGAUGAGUCUGGAAAGCCUGUACUGGCACAGAUCCAAAAAAAAGCUAAUUCUACCUCGGAAUAUGACCUUUUCAUUGUGGCUGAGCUGGGAGGGCUCCAGUUCCGGAAAUAUCUCGUCAAGUUCUCCGCAUGCGUGGGGUCCACCAGGUGUGGCAAGACUUACAAGGUGAGAACGGUGAAAUUUGACAGACAGAACGUCAACCAGUGGAGAAGGACGGGCCGGAAACUCUUACCGAUCUUCAGCGACUGUUACAAACUAUUGUUUGACCAGGAGACGAACCUGCUACACAGCAUCGUGGACAGGCACAAGCAUAGGAAUGUGAGAGUGACCCAGGACUUCUGGGAGUAUGAGUCCAAUGGAGACGUGUACAAAGGCCCGAUUUCAGACAACUAUAUCUUCAGCACCAACACCUCUGCUGUGCCUGCCUACAAAGCAGUCUCCAUGGAGAUCAUUCCUGGCAAGAUCAUCUCAGAGAUCCGACAGUACUUUUAUAGGGAGGAAGAAGACAAAGACUAUACUUACUCUGUGGUCACAAGAGUGCCUACUGGCCUGAGGGACCAGCGCCAUUGCCCCAGGUUGGAGCAGAGGUACUCAGUGGGCCCCCUUGUGGUCAACCGUGAGACUGUCCUGAUGACCAGAACCAGCCUGAAAAAUAACAGGACCAUCUUCACAGACAAUAAUGGCUAUCAGAUGAUGAAGAGGACAUAUAAGGCCUUUGCCAACAACUCUAUCCCCAGGAACUACUAUCCGAUGGUGCGAGCAGCCUACAUUGAGGAUGAGUCCAGCAGACUGGUCGUCCUCAGUGAACAAGCCCACGGAGUGUCCAGUCAAAACAAUGGCCAGCUGGAGGUGAUGCUUCACAGGCGUCUGUGGAACAACCAGGACUGGAAUCGUGGGUACAACCUGACCCUCAACGACUCCUCCGUGGUGCAGCCAGUUCUGUGGCUAAUGUUGGGGUCUGCAGCUGCAACAACACCUCUCUACCACCGUGAGGUGCUACAGCUUCAGCACAGGCCUGUGGUUAUGCCCAUAGAUAGACCACAGAUGCCAUGGAAGCAACAGGAGUCAUGGACCAGUCUGCCUGUCUGCCCUGUGGUGCUGCCCAGUAACCUUCACAUGCAGAGCCUCAGUGUCCCUGGCUGGGCUUACAGCCCCAACCACACUCUGAACCAGGAAAACCUGGAUCCAGGUAAACAGAAGCCAGGUGCUGAUUACAACAGGAUAUUGCUGAGGAUCAUGCACCUGUAUGAAACUGGCGAGGACCCAGAGCUCUCCAAGCCCACCACCAUAAACCUUAAGGGAGUGUUGCAGGGCAUUGGUGAGGUGACGGAGGUAAGUGAACGCUCUCUCACAGGAACCUGGGAUAUCUCAGACCUUCAAAGGUGGAAGUGGGAGACUUUUGGAGAAAUGGAUAAAAAUGAUGGAGUACAAAUAUUUGAUGGGGUGACAGAGGACUUCAGUGUAACCAUAUCACCCAAGGAGAUCAGGACCUUCUUUGUGCACUUUAAAUAGACUGUUUUUUUUUUUACUGUCAUUGUUGUUGCAUAUAAAUUGCACUUUAAAUGUGGAAUUUAAAAUUCACUCUUUCCUGAUUAACACUUGAGAUAGUCAGAUCUUGUCAGUUUUCUGUCAUUUAAUGAUAAUAAUAAAAUCUGUUGUUACAAUAAAUCCUUAAGUGCAGCAGUAAAAA